CUUCCCUUCUCCUCUCACUCAAUCUCUCGCCCUUUCUUUCCUUCAACAAUUCUGUAGCCUCUGAUUUUUGUUCUUUGGGUGGUGCAUUCAUCAAAUUCAGUUGAUCAAUCAGGCAAUCGAAAUCUGUUGUUUGUUGUCAAUCUUUCCAUAGAUGGAAAAUUUUCAGACCACUAUUGUUUUUUUAACAUUUCUGAUGAUGCGACUGACUUCGGUUGUUUGUUCGGAAGAAAGUAGUAGGGGUCCGAAUGAGACAUCAAAGUAUCAGAUCGAAUGCACAAUGUGUUCCUCAUGUGAAAACGCAUGUAAGCAAAUUCCAUCACCGCCACCACUAUCUCCACCACCGCCCUCACCACUAGCUAAGACCAACUACUGCCCACCACCUCCAUCUCCACCCAGCUCUGGUAGUGGUGGUGGUGGUGGUAACUACUACUACUCUCCACCACCACCUCAAUCUGGCGUCAACAACUACUAUGCUCCACCGCCACCAAGUGGUGUCAUUGGUGGCAUGUACUACCCCCCACCAACGUACAAAAACUACCCUACGCCACCACCUCCAAACCCUAUUGUUCCCUACUUUCCUUUCUACUACCAUACUCCUCCACCUUCUUCAUGGUCUGAAAGGUUGAUAGCCUGUUGGGUUUAUACUUUUGUUGCUAUGUUUGGUCUUUUCCUUUGUGUCUUUUGACAUUGAAAGCUAAAGCAGAAGAAAACAAAAAAUAAUGUGGCAGAUUGGCAGAUCUGGUGAAACUUCUACAGCUGAGAGAAAGAAAAAGAGAGGUGAUGCGAGUUGCUUCAAUGCUUGCAAAAUUGCUCUUCUUUUGGGCAAAGAAAGCAACAAAGAUGAAACUAAACUGAGUAUCUAAAGACAUAGAGUGAAUCUUUCUUUUUCUCUGGCUCUUCAUUGUCUUCUUAUGCUGUAGAGUGAUAUGUAAUUUGUUUCUGAUCAUUUUUGUUCCAUUUAAUACUAAUGUUAAUUGGAAACUAGUAAGAAAAUUAGUUAAUUUUCAAUAAUUGAGCUUAAAUUUAAAUGCUAAGCACUUUUUUUUUUUGUCUAUAGUUUACUGAUUAUUUAGGUUAAUGGCUCCUGCUGCAGCAAUGGGGUUCAAUCUAGAUUGGUAACUAAAAUUGUCAGCCGAUAAAGACGAGUCAGAGGUGUAGUUAUGCUGGUUUAUAAAUAUUUUACUUGUUUGAAAUUUGAUUAGGUAAAAUAUGAAUUGAUUUGUAUAGUUAUGUUUUAGUUUUGAUUCAUAU